CCUCAGUCAGCCACCAUGGAGGAACUCCAGAGAAAACUGAAUCAGCGCUAUGAAGGCACCAAGCCCAGAAAGGUGAGGUUCAAGCUGGCAUCGUCCUACAGCGGUCGGGUGCUGAAGCACGUGUAUGAGGACGGUCAGGAGCUGGACAGUCCAGAGGAAAAAUACCCUCACAGCUUCGUCCACCGCAAGAUCCCUCCCAGCCACCUGGAGAUGGAGCAGCUCUGUGGGUUUGAGGAUGCUCAUGGGGACCAACAGGGUGUCUAUCCCCCAACCGGGCUCAUUGCCCAGAGAAUAAAUGUGUACAGAGGAAUGGGAAGCUACAAGCCUACUGUCAGCCAGACUAAGGAAGCAGAGGGAGAUGACAAAUCCCCAGUGUUGGACUUUGGCAAGAUAAUCAUUUACACCAGCAAUCUGCGCAUCAUCAGGGCACCACCGAGGAGGCCUGAAGCGUUGCAACACCAAACAGUGCCCCAUGUGGACUUCGAGGGAUACCCAAAGACCAAGGAGAGAGGCAGCAGGAGGAGGGCUAAAGCUCCUUGCACACAGGACGGAGAGGAGAACGAGGGGAAACAGAUCAGUGACACAGAGAUGAAAGAGGCCGACAGCUGCCAGCAUUGUGGCGGUUCGGGCUGCGCUCCCUGCUCCCUGUGUCACGGUAGCAAGCUGUCCAUGCUGGCGAACCGCUUCAACGAGUCCAUCAGUGAUCUGCGAUGCCAAGCCUGCUACCCCCAUGGUCUGGAGAAGUGCCAGUCCUGCUCCAGCAAAUAG